UGUCCCUCGGCGGGCGGCUGCGCGCACGCGCGCUCCUUUGCAUGCUUUCGCCUCCUGCCGCGAGCUGUAUCAACGCUUCUAACUGUCCGGAGAAUCCGGGCAUCACUCCGCCCCCAGCCUCCCGCAUUUCACCUGUUGGGGUGCUACCUUUGCUCGCUGUUCCUCAUGGCCUUGGUUACGGUGCAACGUUCUCCAACCCCGAGCGCCUCCUCCAGUCCCAGUGUCUCGAAGUUGCACCAUCAGGACAAAUGCUUUACUUCAUAGCCCAGGAAGGUGGAAGUGAUGAUGAUCGUAAAUUACAACAACAGAGCCUCAGCGACAGUUUCUUCACAGUUAAGGGUGCGGCACUUUUUCUACAACAGGGAAGCAGCUCACAGGUCCCACGAUGUUACCGUCACCACACAUAUGCAGGAGAUCUCCAGCUCCAUCUUCAAGUGAUGAUUAAUCACCUCCGCCCUGAAGACAGGAUAAAGUUGGCAGUGCGCCUGGAAAGCAUGUCUGUUCAUCGAGUCCGAUACAUGGUAGUUGUGUAUACUAAUGGCCAUCAAGAUACAGAGGAGAAUGUCCUUCUGGGAAUUGACUUUGCAAGCAAAGAAAGUAAUUCAUGCACUAUAGGAUUGACCCUUCCUCUCUGGAGUGAUACAAAGAUUCACCUGGAUGGAGAUGGUGGAUUCAGUGUGAGUACAGUGGAUCGUAUUCAUAUCUUCAAGCCAGUUUCUGUACAAGCCAUGUGGUCAGCACUACAAAUUCUCCACAAAUCCUGUGAGACAGCGCGUAGGUACAAUUACUAUCCAUCGGGAAUUGCUUUGACUUGGACCAGUUACUAUGAGAGUUGCAUUAACUCGGAUCAAAGUUGUAUUAAUGAAUGGAAUGCAAUGCAUGACUUGCAGUCCAUGCGGGCUGACUCACCGCCAAUGUUUAUCGAUAAACCAACCGAGAAUGAACUAACUGAACGAUUAAUAAAAAAUAAACUAAGAUACAUAAUGAUGAGCAAAGAUUUGGAAAAUGUGACAUCUAAAGAUAUUCGAAAUGAGUUGGAACAACAGAUGAACUACAAUCUGAAAGAGUAUAAAGGAUUUAUUGACAAUGAAAUGUUGAUCAUUUUAGGACAAAUGGAUAAAGCUACCCUAAUAUUUGAUCAUCUUUAUCUGGGUUCAGAGUGGAAUGCUUCGAACUUGGAAGAACUUCAAAGCACAGGUGUUGGGUACAUCUUAAAUGUAACCAGAGAAGUAGAUAACUUCUUCCCAGGAUUGUUCUGCUAUCACAAUAUUCGAGUGUUUGACGAGGACGCUACGGACCUACUGGCAUAUUGGAAUGAUGCAUAUAACUUCAUAACAAAAGCCAAGAAAGAUCAUUCCAAGUGUCUGGUACAUUGCAAAAUGGGUGUUAGCCGGUCUGCAUCAACUGUCAUCGCAUAUGCAAUGAAAGAAUAUAGAUGGUCACUGGAGAAAGCCUACAAAUAUGUGAAGGAAAAACGGAGUGUGGCACAACCAAAUGCAGGGUUCAUGAAGCAGUUGGCAGAAUAUGAAGGCAUAUUAGACGCUAGUAAACAUCGACAUAAUAUCUUGUGGAGACGCAACUCUGAGAGUGACUUACAAGAGACUGUGAGCGAUCCAGUGUUCCAAAGUAGGAGAGCAUCUACUCAGCAAGACUUGAACUGUAAAGCAGGAAUUCGGCAUACAUGUGAGGAGCAGAAAUAUAAUGAUGCUGAAACAUCUAUGAAUGUGACAGUGACCAAUAAGGAUGAAAGUGAGCCAGCUAAUUUCAAUUACAACUUAAGGUGUUUAUCAGAUCCUGUUACAGACAGUGCCUACAGCAGGCAGCAGAGAACGCUAGAACAAUUUUCAAUUCAUUUUGACAAUGUGGAAAAGAACGAAAUUCAGAUCGAUAACGCAGAUUUCAGGUGCACAGAAGAUAGUGUCCAUGACACUGGGAUGCUUGCGUCAUCUCAGCUUCAGGAUAGCUAUGACAGUGAAAGCAGACUGCAAGGCCAGACGGGAAAUACUCUCAGGAUGUCAACAGCAGCAGAGGAGCCAGAAGAGGAAAAUGAGAACACAUUGAAUUUGGAUAUGCAUGAUCAAGUUGACCAGUUCAUGGUAAACGGACCUAAUACAGAAAAUAAUGCAGAGGCCAUUGCAAAUCUAAAAGGUGUGCUAGAGCCAGAUUCAACAUUCAGUGCAGAAGGUCAGCUCGGUAAAGAUAAUGUGAAUAAUAAUAACAACACCACAAGAAAUUACUUGGAAGUGGAUGAAAAUCUAACUACUACUGAAACCUCCAACAGUAUCAGACCUAUUAAUAAAUUUGCUUUGGACUGCUCGGAUUCUGUAAGCAAUCUUGUGUGCAAGCGAUUUACGGAUCGUUCUAAAAACUUGUUUCAGGUAAACAUGUGUAGUACCAGCAUGAAAGAGAGCCAAGCAACAGAGUCCAGUAAUUUGGAAUAUUUAUUGAACAGAGCUUCAGAUAUGCAAAUGACUGAAACAUUCUCUGGGAUUCCCAAUAAAACGGAAGUGGCAGAAAAACCUGUCAAUAGGUUUGAUGCUAUUUACGCAACUGAUACAAUACUUUUGCACGAAACUACAGAAACAGAUGUAGGUUUACGACUAAACUCUGAAGAACAGCAGCAAAAGACCAUGGUGGCUUAUCACAAUUGCAGAAAUGUGACCAGUGAUUUCCAUACUGAAGUAUUGGUUCUUGAUGCAAUGACUUCGUUGUCUGGCAGACGGCAAGACUUGAAACAGUUGCCAGUAGUAAGCCCAUGUAUGGGCACCCAUGAAUAUCUGAAAACUUUAAUCGAUUCAACGACUGGGUUUGUUUCUUCAAGUUCUAAAGUUGAUGAACAAGUGUUGCAAAUUCCAGAAUUCAAAACGCAUCAGUCAGAAGAUAAAUUAAAUCAGUUAACUCAUAAUGCUGUAACUUUAGGAAAUGAAUGGGAUAAUAUAGCUGAAGUUAUGGAACAGUCUAAGUGUAUGCUUUCUAUGCCACCUAGUAGGCAACAAAUUGAAGAUAAGUUAGUAGGUUUUCCGAGCAGCAGUAAUGAAAAGAUGAGUGUUAAACCAAAGAAGCAACUGAUAAAUAACCAAGAGAUGGAAAAGUCAAAAAUUCAGAGUUACUUGAUGCAGCAUCAAGAAUCUAUCCUUCAGCUACAGAAGGCUGGGUUGGUUAGAAAACAUACCAAAGAAUUGGAAAGGCUAACGUUUCUGACGUCUCCAAGUAGACAAGUCCAGAGCCCAAACCUUGAAAAUAGGAAAACGGCGUUCGCAGAGAGUGAUUCCUUAGAUUUGACCAUGCAUGAGCCUGUGGUAGACAUUCAGGAUCUUGCACAGUCUUAUGAAGAUAUGGAGACCAGUGUGCUGUCUGAGCUUAGCUGUGAUGAGUUUUAUUUUAUGGACAGUUUAUGCCAGAAAGCAUCCACACCUUAUGUAAGUAAUUGGAGUGGAUCAGGAUAUCUUAGUAAGGAUUGCCUGCAGCAAAUCUGUGCAACACUGAUACCAUCACCUUUAACUUCAAGCUUGACUCGUAGCUCCAGCAGUGAUAGCCUUCACAGCAUUCAAGGACAGCCUGGUUUAGUUGAACUACGGAGACAGGAAAUCGAAGCCAGGAUGCGUCAGGCAGGACUGACCAUCUGUUCAGAAAUGAAGCGAUCUCAUUCCAUAGCCAAACUUAGAAGCCUGAACAUAUCUAGUGAGGAUCUGUCAUCCCAGGAAAAAGAAGCCGAAACUUCCAUCGGCUCAAGUAACAUUAAAUUGGUUGAGAGUUUAUUGUUGCCUAAUGUUAUUGAAAAAAUGAAGUGGAAAAGCAGUCUUUGCGAGGAAAUAGAUAUGCACACUGAAACAAUUUCGAUCAAGGAGCCACUGAAAUCAAUUGAGACUUCCUGUUCUAUAUCGGAACAUAAAACUCUGCCUUAUAUUCAGAGCACUGGUCAAGCUGAACACCCUUGCCGGAUGUUUUCUCCUACCAAAUACAGUGUUAGUGAUCCAGAGAUUACACAGCAAUUUGAAGAUUUUAUUUCAGUUCCUUCAUUUGAGCUAAGCCAAUUCCAUACUCAGAGUGCCAACGAACUUUGUCCUUUGGCUUCUAAGGAACAGAAUGUACGAAUUCAUCCUGUCCGGAAGCUCAGAAAAGCAUGUGAGAGAAAGAGAACUAACAACUUACUCUAUAACACCAUGUGAUUAUUUGGCAACAAGAAUACAUUCCAAUCUUCCUUUUAAAGACAAGAACUUUAAACCAAAAAUGUUAUCUGAUCUCUAAUAGCUCAAAAAAUUAUUCAAAAACAUCCAUUUUGGAAAGUACAGUUCUGUGCUGAAUAGUUUGUUCUUUUUAGACUGAAGCUAGAAUUUCUGAAAUUGCAUUUUCACUUCUGAAAAAUUUCACACUUUGUAAACAGACCAAGAUUUUGUUUUAAGAAAGGAGGCCAAUUCAAAGUACAAAUUCAGUUAGCCCUAUUGAAUUUUGGAAAUAUGCCCAUGAAAUUUGAAUGUUACUUGAAGCCUAGGCCCCGAAAUACUAUGAUUUGUUACAUUCUCCAAGCCAGCAGAAAUCUGAACCAGAAAAUCACAUGGAUUAAGAAGAAGCUUCAUAGCUGCAGUAAAUUGUCUCCAAUCUUGCAUGAUUUGCACCUUUUCUUUAAAUAAAAGCCUUUGUCCUUGGGGGAGAAUAAAUCAUCAUUGUGCUGUUGCUUACAAGUUCUAUUGAUUUAGGGGUCAAAAUGGAACUCAUGCUAUAAGCUUGGCAAUGAUUCCUUCUGUCUAAACAAAGACAAAUUGAGAUAUGCUCCCUUUUUGGACCCACUGUCUAAAGAUUUUCUUCCAUACUUGCCUUAAGCUGAAGUAAUGUAGACGGUAUGCUUUCAAAGACACACUUCAAAUUAUGACAGUUUGUGAUGAGCUUUUUUUUUUGUUUUUAACAAAGUUAAGAAAGAUCUAUUUUUCAGAUCUGUCAACAUUUACUAACCUUGAUCCAAGAAAAUAAGCUACACUAAUCAGACCAGUAUAUAUCUAAACUAUCAGUAUAUAACAGCCGUACCUGUGAGAUUUGUAUGGGCAAUGCCAUGCUGUUAACUCUGUUACUGUUUGCAAGCCAGUCCCUAAGCUAUUCAACUGAAGGAGGCAUUUGAGCUUUUUCUUUCUUAUGUUGAGACCAGAAUCUGUGACAAGUACUUUAGAUAAUUUAACAUGCAAGCUACUUUUCUGUUAAAAGGAGGGCUGUUAACACUUUUUUAAUCAAUUCAAUAGUGAUAAUAAAAAUAUAAUUGUUAGGUAUUUCCAAUUAGAGCUUCCAUUGUAAAUCUUGUAUUCUGAACCUUGGAAUUUUUAAAAUUUGCAUUUGUAGAGAUGAUUUGUCCAUGAAUCUUUCCAAAACGGUGGAAAUACCCAGUGCCCUCAUUUACUUAAGUACAUGUUCUGUUCAUAUUUUUUGUGUGUCUUGAAUUUGUGUUUUUUAAAUUCCUUUCUUUCUAGAACUUUUCCCACUCAAGGAAGACAGUUUGGGGAAUUAAAAAGAUGAAAGUGCUACUGAUUCAAGUUACUGGUUAAAAUUGAGACAUUUAGAAUUUGUGAAACUCUUUAAAUGUGAUUCUUUCAGUCAUAAUUUUUAAUGCCAUGUGACUACAUAAAUUGGCAUUCUAGUCCACGCAUAUAAUAGUUAAUCACCUUACACCUGCAAAACUUGAGGAUUUCAUUCUGAGUUAAUGUAUGUACUAAGUUAUUAUGAGCAGGUUUUUGUGAGAAAUGUUUUAAGAUGCAUUCUUCAGUAGAAUCUAUGCUGUGAUUUAUUUUCAAUGAAAACAGUGCUUAAAAUAUUUUUAUUUCAUUUGUAAAGAUGUACUUCAGUGCCUUUCAUUUUGUGAAUACUGUAUGUGCAAUGGUUAUUGAGAGAGCAAGCAUGAUUUUACAGAUGCAGUAUCCAGAAACAAAUGUGGAAUAUUAUUGAAUAAUGUCUCCAAAAAGCUGUUCAAAAUUCAUGUACAUGAGUAUUCAGUUUGUACAGUUUUCAUUUCAAGAGAGGUCCGAUUUUGUGAUUUAAAAAAAAGUAACUUUUUACUGUUAGCCCAGUGCAUUAGUUGUAUGCAUAUUGCACUUUUUUUAACGUGUUAAUGUGAACUGUGCAAAUAUAUGUUGAAAAUAAAUGGACUUUUUCUCAUAAUGCCUUGUAUUUGCACUAGAUUUCCUGCAGGUUAAUUAAAUGCUAACCUCUUCAUUUGUUUCAGGCUCCUGAUGAAAGAAAAUGGCUUAAUCCUUCAAACAUCUGGAGAGUGCGUCAGAAUUAAUUAUUUUGAAAUGUAGUGAUUAAGCAGCAGGCAGCUAAAUGCCCAGUUAAUUUGUUUUAAUUAUUGAUUUAGGAGUUGAUUAGGAUAUAAGGGAACUUCACUGCUUGUUGAGUUGGACAAAAAAAGUCUUGUAACAUCUUCAAAGACAUCUUGGUCCUCAGUAUUAGCCACUACAGUGAAAAACAGCAGAUCAACCAUGCAGCAUUCCCCUUUUAUUGUACACGCGUGUCAGCAUUAUGCUGAAACCAAGUAUUCAUUGUUUUCAUAAUUCAGUCAAGUUGGCAUUAAUGAUGACCAAAUCUCUCACACUUAAGGAAAGUCUGCCUUAAGCCCACAGAUAGAGUAGGGUCUAGGCCCGAAACGUCAGCUUUCCUGCUCCUCUGAUGCUUCUUGGCCUGCAGUGUUCAUCCAGCUCUACACCUUGUCUUAAAUCCACACUUCAGUCUGUGCUAGGGUAGCUUCAUAAUCAUCAUUUUUACAGUCUGGGAUCUGCCAUCUCCAGUACCUGACAAAUAUUGCAACUGUCUAAUGAUCUUCGAACAAUUUUGGUCAGUUUGGAUGCAUCCAAAGAAGUCUCUGACCAGAGCUUCAGAAGUUCUAAAUGAUAAUAAGAGAUUAAGGCUGCAAACCUGACAUUAUGUAUUUUGGCAGUAUGUGUUGGCUCUUUCUGGUAGAUUGUUUUUGAGCAUUCUCCACAGAGUAGAUCAAGAAAGGAAAUAUUUUUUAAAAAUCAUUGGGUUUAAAGAAUGCCCCCAUUAUUCUUUGUCUUAAAGGUCUUUUUUCUAAAAGUUAUAUUUGCUGUUGCAACUUCUGCCGUAAAAAUUUUAGAUUUCAGCCAGAACUACUGGAUCAGUUUUCUGCAUCAUGCAUGGUUACCUCACUUCAGGUCUUUUCUUUUGGAAUUAAAAUGGUAUUAUGGCGCAUUUGGCUUAAACAUGUGGACCAAGAUCAUACAGUUGUCUUAAAUGCCGUGGUGGGCAAGUAUGACCAAUUGUAACUAUUUCCUUGAAAUCAGUAUGGCUUUCAAUUCAAAAGCCAGUAAUGAUUUGAAAGUUUCUGUGGGGGAGAAAGAAGUGUUGAAGGCAUUGACUGAUAGCUGAUCCGAGGAUUUGUAUGGUGAUCAGCUCACCAAAGUGAGACUAUUGCCUUUAUCAAUUUGUAAUGAAGUGCAGCAGUCUUUAGCAUAGAUAGGCACAUUUGACAUCACAGCGAAGACUGAUUAUGGGUUAGAUUUCCCUUUUCUCCUUGAAUUCAUUGGAGAUGGUGUGGCUAGGGCUUUGUUAAUUUCUACAGUUCCCACCAACAGAACUCAUUGGUUUCAUCUCGCAGCAAGAAACAUUCAAGUAAAAUAUUGCAAUAUUGGGUAGUUAGCCUUAGCAUAGGGUAUGUAAGAAAAGAUAACGUAUUUCAUCACAAGUAUGAAUAGGAUAAUUAACUGAAACAACAUUAUUCUUAUGAUCAUUAUUCUUAAGAUCUAACUGUUGCAAAAUCUGUUUAACUUGAAAUGUGUUGCCAACAUUAUUUAUUCAUGGUCACUGCAUCUCAGGUGGCUUAAAUACUUUGGCAUCUGCAGUUUAUAUUUUUUAAAUUACUUCCUACCUAUGACAGCCAGCAUCCAUGAAUUUUGUAGAAAUGUGUCUACAAUAACUUUAGAUGCCAACAUGUAUGCAAAUCUUUUAUAACACCAAGAGGUUAUAACUCUACAGAUCAGAAUUUUAUCUUUAUUGCUGAACACAAUUAUGCUUGAAUAGUGUUGCACUUCUGGAAACUGGUGAGAUGAUAGUGGAUGCAAGAAGGAGAUUAGGAAACCAAUCUGCUAAAGUUUUAUAAAGAAAAUAUUGGAAAAACAGAUUCAGAUGGUCAACAAUAAUGGCAUACUAUAUUCAGAUAAAAUCCCGGAUUUGAAAAUGUGGCACUUUUUCACCGGCUAAUUAGAUCUGUGGGAUAUAGUGAAGAAUGGGACACUAAUAAUGGAUCACAAUAAAUGGAAUGUAGUGAACCUAGAUGCUCAAGUACUGGAAAAAAAUUAGCAUUUUAAACAGCAGCUAUGUUCUCUCUCCUCCACACCCCUAUCCACACACACACACGCACCCCUUUUGUCCAAUCUCAGAUGCAGAAAAGCGUAUACAUAAUUUCUAGAAAUGAAUCACUACAUUUGGCUGACGUGCAUUCUCCAUCAAUUAUUGUAACCAUGUCUACUUGGAAUGUAAAUGAUAUUGUACUUAAAAUCAAUACAAGUAAUGAACAGAAUUCUGUCAGUACCAGCUGGAUAGUGCUGAGAGCACAUCAUCUUGUCUCUACAUUAACUGCCUGUUUAUUUUGUUUGUUUAAUUGGCUCUGCCAAUACUUCAUUCACUAUUCACAAUUUAUUGGCUUUAAUCUAACUUGUUAGAUUUUUAAGGAGUUUCCAUUCUUUCAUCUCUGGUGCUAUUUGUUUUCUUGUAUUCAAGGUCUUGAUGUUUGAAUAAUGACAAUGAUGACUGCAGUGAACUGUACAAAUUACUUCCUUUGGGUAUAGUCUAUUUACAUUGUUAUCAAAUGAUAAAACUACUUAAUAUUGUUUCCAUUAGUUAAAGAUUUUAACAAAGUUUGCACUCUCACAAGACUACUUUACAUAACCCGUGAGAAAAGCUGGCUUUAGUUAUUUCUGCUGAUCUAGAUUCAAAAGUUAUCUCUGAGGAAAAGACAGCAUUUUAAAAAUAAUCAAAAUUUAGCGAAAUCUCUCUGGUUUUGGGCACCUAAGUAAAUCUUAAGGAUCCAGCCCUCACUGUUAUAACAAUGCCUGUGAAUUUCAGAGUCAUUCUUUAUUUGACUGUAAUAGGAGCUGAGAACUUGAUCAUCCCUGUCAACAACCAUAUUUUCAUCUGGAUGCUUCAUUGAAGAAUUAGUAUUUGAUUGCUUCUGGGUAGGAAUCUAUUUUGAUCUGUCAAGAAAUAUUCUUUUAUUUUCAAUUUGGACUUAUAAAGUUUGGAAUCUGGUCUUUUUGUUCCUUCUGUAUUCUUAUAUUAAGAAAUGGAUCUAUUUUCAAGUGGAUUGUUUAAUGUCAUACAGCCUCCUUUCAGCAAAUGUAAUAUCAACAUUUACCUGCCUAUCACUUUGUGACUGUGAUUUUCAGUCUUAUGUCAUGUAACCAUAACUGCU